UCUGUGUGUCUCUGUGUCUGUGUGUGUGUGUGUGUGUGUGUGUGUGUGUGUGUGUGUGUGUGUGUGUGUCUGUCCUUUCCCCGAAUACUCCCGCUGUGUCUUACUCUUUCUCUGAGCCAGAGAUGAGACUGCCUUACCUGUCCAUCCUGUGUCCGCCAAAGAGUGUGUGUGUGUGUGUGUGUGUGUGUGUGUGUGUGCACUGGCUGGUGAGGUAACAGGAUCGAGUCCAAUUGGAUUUCCAACCUAACUGGGACUUUGACUUGAUGAAAAGCAAAUCAAUGACUUCAGUAUCUUACUUCUGUUGAGAAACACAAAAAUGAUUGGGCGAAGCUUUUUCGUUGUAGAGGCAGCUUCUAUGUGAAAUCACAUUAUUUGAUUAGCAGGUCUUAUGGUGACCUGUUCUUGAAGGCGUUGCAGCGCUCCCUGACUCCAGCUCACGCCUGUCACAGAGCCCACGGACCCCUCCCAGUGGGCCCGGUCCCUGCCCGUGUCGGGAGCGCUCGUGCUUUAUGGCUUCAGCUGGGUGAAUUUGGCUUUAAUGGAAACUCCAGCAGCAUCCUAAGGCUGGUAUAGAUGGGCCCGCUGAUGUACUGCACACGGGAGUAGUAGCACUAGUAAUAGCUUGGCACCAGAGCCAUCAUGGAGUGCCACUAAACCACACGACAGUGAACAGGCUCCUCCCAAUGCUACCGUUACCCGUUUACUAAACUAAACACCUGAUAACCGGCACACAGUGAAGGAAAGUCAACAUUAAAGUGAUUAUUAAUAAAAAAAAUUAUGAUAACAAAAACCACACACGCCCUUUUCAUACUUUCUAAAAUACACCUGAAAAUUUGUAACUUUGACAUGAUUAUUGACGCACCAUGAAAGCACACGUGUAGAUGACCAUGAUAUAUGUAUAUAUGUAUAUCUUUAUAUCUUCAUUAGCUCUGUGGUGGCUGUUCAUUUUUUAUAAUGAUGGAUAUAUAUAUAUAUGCUUAAAGAUUUAAAAGCAGGUGUGGGUGUGCAGCAAGCAAGCAUAUGUACAGAUGAUUGCUUUAUAACAUCAUUGCGCUGUCUCAAGCAUUCCUUUACUUGUGAGUGUGUUUGCGUGGGCAUAUGUGUGUGUGUGUGUGUCUGUGCGGCGUAAAGUGCAGUACGCACACAGGUGAUUGUAGCAAAAAGAAAAAUGUGAAACAUUCAGGUCAAACCUUUACUGAUAGAUGCCAACGUCCAGGUUGCGUGUAUGCAAAAAAGUGAUUGUUGUCAUUGGCCACUAGGUGGCACCAUAUCAUUUGUUAAACAUUUCAAUCUAAUCCAACUUUUACUCUUUCUUUCAAGCCCGCCUAAGUAUUCAGCCAUUAUUUCGAACCAUUUCUUUAUUCUUGAAAGGAAGACUAUGGCAUUUGUCACAGUGCAGAAUUUGGUUCCGACAGCCUGUUUUUCAGUUUUGCUUUUCUUGAGAUGAUUCGGAACUCAUGCCAUUGGCUAUAAUGUGAUCAUUGUUCUUGUGAUGAUACCAAGUCCCAUAGCAGGCAAUGUCAGAGGGACUGUCUGUCUUUACAAACUGCCCUGAGGUGAAACAACGAGAGUUAACUAAUUGUUUUCACGCACUUGUAUUUGAGAUGAUCUAUUCCUUGUUUGUUCCGUAGUGUUCAGAGGACCAGUGGGCACACUGCAUUUGUACUUUCAGUAGGCUCAGGCAGAAACAUCUCACCAAUGUUACGUUGAAAUGAAAAGAAAUAAACAAAGUUGACAAAUUAACAAUGCUGUCCAGUUUUUAAUAUGAUCCAUACGACAUAGUUGUGUUUUUCUAUUUAGUACAUCAUUUACAGAUUAAGCUGCACCAAGAGCCGUUUCGAGCCGUACACAUUUAAUAAAGUGAACUAGCCUACGCUGUUGCGUACCGUAACAAACACCAGAACUGACUGCUGCAUUCGCAGUGUCUGAAGAGGUGUGCCCCUGCAUUCAGCGCAUGCGUAUUGGCUCUCAAACUGAAAGAAGUGUAUUUCCUCUCCUUUGGAAGGCCUGGAAUACUUCUGACACAGCAUUCGUGUAUAAACCCCUGCGCACGAGCUGUUGCUUCUCUGCGUCGCCGGUACAUUUGAUGCCCGAGGGGCUAACUGAAGUCAUUCUCGCCGUCUCAUCUCCCAACUGCUCUUCUGGCAGUGAUCGCAUUUCCGCUGGGCGCUGGUAAUAAGCUCUUUUUCUUUUGCAACUGCAAUGUUGCAAUGUUUUCUAGCUCAUCCCAAUUAUACGUUUUAUUUAUGCUUUUUUGUGUGUAAGAGUCGCGUUUAAUGCCUUACACGUAACGGUAAGGGCAAAUAUCUUUAGGCUUAGUUGCUGUGACAGUUUUAUGUAUAUUAGCGGAUCGUUAAGGCGUGAGGAACUGACCACAUCCGCACGAGAGCAGCUCACAAUUGCCAAAGUUAUCGAGCUCCUCUCCGCAAAUGGACGCACUGAAAGCCAAAAAGAACACUAGUGCAAGACUGGACUGAGCCCGUGUCACCUCCCUCACAAGCUGAACAUCAACAACAGAGCUCUGCGGAUCCAAAGUGGACUCAGUGAAGUAGCAAGUCUGAUGCUACCACGUCAGUUCCUGUAAGUCUGUAAGAGGACAUCCCCCCCCCCCACCCCCCGCCCCGCCCGCUGUCCAUCUCAACAUGUCCAGUCCACAGACAAUAUGGCCGCCAGGCGCUGAGUGUGUGGCCAAGUACAACUUCAAGGCCACCACAGAGCAGGACCUGCCCCUCUGCAAGGGAGACGUCCUCACCAUCAUCAGCGUCACCAAGGACCCAAACUGGUACAAGGCCAAGAACGUGGGCGGGCAGGAGGGCACCAUCCCAGCCAACUACGUCCAGAGGAGGGAGGGAGUGAAAUCAGGAGGAAAACUCAGUCUGAUGCCAUGGUUCCACGGGAAGAUCACGCGGGAGCAGGCUGAGGGCCUGCUGCACCCCCCGGAGACGGGGCUGUUCCUGGUGCGCGAGAGCACCAACUACCCCGGCGACUACACGCUCUGCGUCAGCUGCGAGGGCAAGGUGGAGCACUACCGGAUCAUAUACCACAAGGGCAAGCUCAGCAUCGACGAGGAGGAGUUCUUCGAGAACCUCAUGCAGCUCGUGGAGGUGAGUUUUAUACGUGUGUGUGUGUGUGUGAGAGCUAUCGUUCAGCAGUGAUGCCCAUUGCAGUUC